AAAAACACACACUGCAGAAUCGCUUGCAUUCCAGGACAAUAAUUUGACGGGCGCACUACGUACAUGGGCCUGAAGAGGAUAUCCUCCACCGCCGGCGCACUCCCCACCACCACCGCCACCGCCGUGAGGCGCCGCCGCCACGGCGGCCAAAAAUGCGGCAACCUCAAGCUCACGAUUCUAUGCGGCAUCAUCACCAUCCUCGUCUUGCGGGGCACAAUCGGCAUCUCACUGAUCUCCUUCCCCUCCGAAUCAACCACAAUCCCCCGCCACGUGGCAGAGGAAACGGAUCGGAUCGUCGCCGAAAUCCGAUCCGGCGAAAACGACGACUCCGAAUCCGAAUCCGUAACCCUAACCAACAGAACCUACACAUUAGGCCCCAAAAUCAUCGACUGGGAUUCAUCAAGGCAGAAAUGGCUCCGGCAAAAUCGAGGUUUCCCCAAUUACGUCAAUGGAAAACCUAGAAUCCUGCUCGUAACAGGCUCCCAGCCCGGCCCGUGCAACAACCCGAUCGGCGAUCAUUAUCUCCUUAAAUCCACAAAGAACAAAAUCGAUUACUGCAGAAUGCACAAUAUCGAGAUCGUCUACAACAUGGCUAACCUCGACGAAGAAUUAUCCGGCUAUUGGACGAAACUGCCCCUCAUCAGGAAGCUAAUGGUUUCGCAUCCGGAAGCCGAAUGGAUAUGGUGGAUGGACAGCGACGCGUUCUUCACCGACAUGCUCUUCGAAAUCCCGAUUUCGAAAUACGAGCCCUACAACAUGGUCGUCCACGGUUACCCUAAUUUACUAUUCGAAGAGAAAUCGUGGAUCGCUUUGAAUACGGGGAGUUUCCUUCUCAGGAACCGUCAAUGGUCGUUGGACUUGCUCGAUUCGUGGGCCCCAAUGGGCCCGAAAGGUGCGGUCCGCGAAGAGGCGGGGAAAAUUCUAACUGCUAACUUGAAGGAUCGGCCUUCGUUCGAGGCGGACGAUCAAUCCGCGUUGAUAUACUUGCUGGUUUCAAGAAAGGACGAGUGGAUGGAUAAGGUGUUCUUGGAGAAUUCGUAUUAUUUGCACGGGUAUUGGGUGGGGUUGGUUGAUAAGUACGAAGAGUAUCUCGAGAGCUCUCAUCCUGGAUUGGGAGACGAGAGGUGGCCGUUUGUGACUCAUUUUGUGGGGUGCAAGACUUGUGGGGGUUACGGUGACUAUACGAUGGAGAGUUGUUUGAAGAGCAUGGAGAGAGCGUUUAACUUUGCCGAUAAUCAGUUGCUUGAUAUUUACGGUUUUAGGCAUAAGGGGCUGUUGAGUCCUGGUGUGAAAAGAAUCAGAAGUGAAACUACUCGGCCUUUGGAGAGAAGUUUGAUCCGCAGCAAUAUUGUAGAUGUAGUCUAAUUCGGAAAAGUAUUCGACUUU